AAGAAGAUGCAGGAGUUAGUGUAGAAGAAGAGCUAAUUACAGAAAGUGAAGAACUUGUCUCCCAAAUUACUCGCGAACAAAAUUCUCAUGCUGAUCUUAAUGCCAAGCAGUUAAAAAAAAUAGAAUCGCUAAAGUCUACGGUUAAAUCACUAGAAAGUAUAAUAUCUUUGAUACAAAAAGCUUCAUCUUUGAAGGAUUCUGAUAUCAUUUCUUUUGGAACUAAAAUAAAUAAACUGGAAGCUGAGUUAGAAUAA